AUGAUGAUAAUAGAAUUUCCUUUGUUAGAAAAAAAUAUGUGAGAAAUAGUAUCAAAAAAUCCUGUAAUUUCCUUUACUAGGGCCAAUUUUGUCAAUUCUCAUAUAGAUAUGCCUCAGCCAAUAGCUGCUGCAAGAAAUUGCCCACAUGGAGAAAAAGCAAUAGCUGCAAUAUCUUUAACUGGAACUAUUCCUUCAAGCUCAUGUUUUUCAAUAUUCCAUAAAGUGAAUUCUUUAUUUUUGCAUAAAGUAGCAGCAUGAUUGUUGUCUGGAGAAAUUAGAAUCGCUGAUAUUGAAUUUUUAUAUCAUUGAGCAUUUUUUGAUUGAAUUAAACACUUUAAAUUAAAACUCCUGAUUUUAUCAUUUGAUCCAGCUGAAAUCAAAUAUUUACCACAAGGCGAAAAGCAAAGUGUGUCAAUAUUAUGGCCUAAUUUUCUAAAAACUUUAAUUUCUUUCCACUUUAUUAAGCUUCAUAUCCUUAUAUUGGAAUUUUUAUCACAAUAA